CCUCCCCCGGCUGUUCCACCGAGGCCGAGCUCCCAGUCCCGGACCCAGGGCGAGGAGGCGCAGGCUGCGGGGGCCGAGCCGCCGGGGCGCAGCAGCCAAGCCGCGCCCCGAGCAGCUCUUGGAAGGUCUCCCGCCUGCAGCUGGGGAAUCCACUCGGCGGGGAGAAUCCGUGCCAGGGAAUCCAGCUCUCCGGACUCGAGCUGCAAACAAAAAGCUCAGUUCUCGCUACUCCCUCCGCCCCACAACGCGCACCCGGAGAAACAGUUUUCUGCAGAAAUGCAACAAGUAGCCCCCGGAGCUCGCAGAGCGCCCUGCGCCUCCUGACUUGGCUGGGCGAAGCCCGCCUGCAGAGACCCGGGCCAGCCACGGGACAAAGGGCGGAGGAGGGGCUGGACGGCGGAGCGGAGUCCGAAAGAGGCCAUUUAGCGACUCUGGCCAGGCCAAGGGGAAUGCAGAAGAGACACAAGGCCGGCGGGCCAAGAGGACGAUCCGGCCGCUGCACGCAGGGCGGGGGGAGAUGGAGGCUGCCCGCGCCGUGCGCUUCCUGCUCGUGGUGUGCGGCUGCCUCACGCUCCCGCCGCGGGCGGAGCCCGUGUGCCCCGAGCGCUGCGACUGCCAGCAUCCCCAGCACCUCCUGUGCACCAACAGGGGGCUCCGCGCCGUGCCCAAGACCAGCUCGCUGCCAAGCCCCCUGGACGUGCUCACCUACAGCCUCGGCGGUAACUUCAUAACCAACAUCACGGCCUUCGACUUCCACCGCCUGGGGCAGCUCAGACGGCUGGACCUGCAGUACAACCAGAUCCGCUCUCUGCACCCCAAGACCUUCGAGAAGCUCUCGCGACUGGAGGAGCUCUAUUUAGGGAACAACCUCCUCCAGGCGCUGGCCCCAGGCACGCUGGCCCCGCUGCGCAAGCUGCGCAUCCUCUAUGCCAACGGGAACGAGAUCGGCCGCCUGAGCCGCGGCUCCUUCGAGGGCCUAGAGAGUCUGGUCAAGCUGCGGCUGGACGGGAACGCCCUGGGGGCACUGCCGGACGCGGUCUUCGCCCCCUUGGGCAAUUUGCUCUAUCUACAUCUGGAGUCCAAUCGGAUCCGGUUUCUGGGCAAGAACGUCUUCGCCCAGCUGGGCAAGCUGCGCUUCCUCAACCUCUCUGCCAACGAGCUGCAGCCAUCCUUACGACACGCGGCCACCUUCGCGCCGCUGCGCUCCCUCUCCACCCUCAUUCUCUCGGCCAACAGCUUGCAGCACCUCGGGCCGCGCGUCUUCCAGCACCUGCCGCGCCUCGGCCUACUCUCUCUCAGGGGCAACCAGCUCACAAACCUCGCACCUGAGGCCUUCUGGGGCUUGGAGGCCCUGCGCGAGCUGCGCCUGGAAGGCAAUCGCCUGAGCCAGCUGCCGGUGGCGCUGCUGGAGCCUCUGCACAGCCUGGAGGCCCUGGACCUGAGCGGCAACGAGCUGUCCGCCCUGCACCCCACUGCCUUUGGCCACCUGGGCCGGUUGCGCGAGCUCAGCCUACGCGACAACGCUCUCAGCGCCCUGUCUGGGGACAUCUUCGCCGCCAGCCCGGCCCUCUACCGGCUGGAUCUAGACGGCAACGGCUGGACUUGUGACUGCCGGCUACGGGGCCUGAAGCGCUGGAUGGGCGACUGGCACUCGCAAGGCCGCCUUCUCACCGUCUUCGUGCAGUGUCGCCACCCCCCGGCCCUGAGGGGGAAGUACCUGGAUUACCUAGACGACCAGCAAUUGCAGAACGGGACUUGCGCAGAUCCCCCGCCCUCGGUUUCCCCGACCGCCGACGGCGAGCGGCGACCCUUACCUACUGCCACCAGGGAGGAAAUGGCGCCCCCUGCAGGUGGCCUCACGGAGGAGAUGCCGCCUCAGCCGCAGUCCCAGCAGCGGGGCCGAUUACUGCCCGGGGCGGCCUGGGACGGGGCCGCCAGGGAACUGCUGGGCAACCGCAGCGCCGUGAGGCUGAGCCGACGCGGCCCGGGCCUCCAGCAGCCCGGCCCCUCCGCCGCCGCUGCCGCGGGCCAGGCGCCACCCCCCCUGGACCUGCUCGAGAAGCCCGAGCGGCAACGUCCUACUCCGGACGAUCCUGCCCCCGCGGAGCCCACCUCGACGGCUGCGCCGGCCUCUGCGCCACUGCCCGUCGGCGACCCCUGGCAGCGCGCGGUGAAGCAGCUCCUGGCCGCCCAGCAGCAAGAGAGCGCCGCCCAGUCCGACGGCGGGGUUGGCCUGCCGCCGCUGGUGUCCGACCCGUGUGACUUCAACAAAUUCGUUCUGUGCAACCUGACGGUGGAGGCGGUGGGCUCCGACAGCGCCUCGGUGCGCUGGGCGGUGCGCGAGCACCGCAGUCCCCGGCCGCUGGGCGGCGCGCGCUUCCGCCUGCUCUUCGACCGCUUUGGCCAGCAGCCGAAAUUCCACCGCUUCGUCUACCUGCCCGAGCGCAGCGACUCGGCCACACUGCGCGAGCUGCGCGGAGACACCCCCUACCUGGUGUGCGUGGAGGGCGUGCUUGGGGGACGGGUCUGCCCGGUGGCCCCCCGCGACCACUGCGCGGGGCUGGUCACCCUGCCGGAGCCUGGGAGUCGGAGCGGUGUUGACUACCAGCUGCUGACCUUGGCCCUGCUGGCCGUCAACGCGCUGCUAGUGCUCCUGGCCUUGGCGGCCUGGGGGUCACGCUGGCUGCGGAGGAAGCUGCGGGCCAGGCGAAAGGGCGGGGCCCCUGUCCACGUUCGCCACAUGUACUCCACCCGACGGCCCCUGCGCUCCAUGGGCACUGGCGUGUCUGCGGACUUCUCUGGAUUCCAGUCGCACCGGCCGCGCACCACCGUGUGCGCGCUCAGCGAGGCGGACCUCAUCGAGUUCCCCUGCGACCGCUUCAUGGACAGCGGGGGCGGAGGCGGGGGUGGCAGCUUGAGGCGUGAGGAUCAUCUCCUGCAACGAUUUGCCGACUAGAUCCAGGGCCUCCAGGGGUGUGGAGACUGUCUCAUUGGCCUUGAGGAGCCACCUCUCCGCUGGGCCCCUCGACCCACCUCGGGGGGAGAUGUCAUUUCCUCAGAGCAUCUCCUUUCCUCCUUUUGUGCACUUGCCAGAGAGGCCAAAGGGAACAGACAGCUAAUUCGGCUCCCCGCCCCCCCAAUUCCCAGUAGUCACUCAUGAAGUAAAUGGAUGGUACUUGGUAGUCAAGGCCAAUAGUAGGGGACACAUGGAUGGUGGGGUCUAGAGGUGGGAGGCCUUUACGUGGAGCCCUUGGCGCAGCUAAGAGAAUGGCUUUUGUGGCAUUGCAGUGCAAUAGCCUGACCCCUUUGGGAGUAGAAAAGGGUGCUUGUGCCCCCAGUAUGGCCAGAAAGGGAUUUAGAUGCAUGCUUUUUAUUUGUGCGGUGUCCAACAGUAGAGUUUGGGUUCUGUUUAAGGAAAAAGGACUUAUAACCAUUACAAAGGAGGCUUGGCAAGUGACUGCACUGCUCGAGUGGUCUCUGCCGGGAAGGCUGGUGUGAACAGGUGGCAAAGUUUAACACACUCACCAAGGAACUCUUUUAUGAACAUUCAGGAUAACUUAAUGUUUAAAUAAUUAGACACUAUUUUUUUUUUUUUCAGCAAUGUGAAGAGCUCUGACAUUUAACAAACUGACGAAUAAACUCAAGGACGAUUUUAGUUGAGCCCAGGGGUUCAACUAUUUUCUUUUUAACCUUAACAUCACAAGAACGUUUGCUGACCUUGGGGUUAACUAAAAUUACGUACUUUCUCUGGAGAAGGCUGCAUGCAAGACUUCUCUAUCAGGGUUGCUCCUGUGGCUUCCUAAUUUUAUUUUUGUAAACCUAUACAUGGAAAAGGAGAUUUCAGUGCCAGACUUGAUAAAGAAUGUAAUGUGUAUGUGAGUGAUGGCCCCGUAGAGAACAGUUUGCUUACCGCAUCUCUGACAAUGUAUCCAGAUUGGAAUAAAUAUGAUGUGGUACUUUUCACGUUUUUAUCAGCGACACACAGUUGACUGUGC